AGGUCAAGGGAAGUGAUUCUCCCUCUCUAGUCCGCUCUGGUGAGACCCCACCUGGAGUACUGUGUCCAGUUCUGAAGCCCCUAUUACAGGAAGGAUCUGGAUGUGCUGGAACAUGUCCAGAAAAGGGCCACAAGGAUGAUUAGAGAGCUGGAGCACCUCUCUUAUGAGGACAGAUGGAGGGAGUUGGGGCUAUUCAUUCUGGAGAAGAGAAGGCUCCGAGGAGAACUAAUUGUGGCCUUCCGGUAUCUGAAGGGGGCUGACAAGAAAGCUGGGGAGGGACUUUUUAGGAUGUCAGGUAGUGAUAGGACUAGGGGCAAUGGGAAAAAAAAUAGAACUGGGUAGAUUCAGAUUGGAUAUUAGGAAGAAGUUCUUCCCUAUGAGGGUGGUGAAACACUGGAACAGGUUGCCCAGGGAGGUGGUGGAAGCCUCAUCCCUGGAGUUUUUAAGGCCAGGCUGGGUGUUGCUUUGAGCAACGUGAUCUAGUGUGAGGUGUCCCUGCCUAUGAGAGGGGGAUAGUAACUAGAUGAUCCUUGAGGUCCCUUCCAACCCUAACAAUUCUAUGAUUCUAUGAUUCUGUUCUUCCCUCUUUUUUCAAUUUUUCAUUUAACAAGUGUUGGAUACUCAAUACCCCUUCAUACUAAAGGGAGUAACUUACAGACAGCAAGGAUAAAAUGUCCCUGAAAUUGUUUGUCAAUAUAAUCUUACAGCAAUUGUUUUCCACUUUUAGCCCCGAGAGGAAGGCCGAAUGCGUUUCCACAGACUGCACAAUGUCCAGGUUGCACUUGACUAUUUGAAAAAACACCAGGUGAAACUGGUUAACAUUAGAAAUGAUGACAUAACAGAUGGAAAUCCCAGACUGACUUUGGGGUUGAUAUGGACUAUCAUUUUGCACUUUCAGAUAUCUAAUAUCCAUGUUACUGGAGAGUCAGAAGACAUGUCUGCUAAAGAGAGACUGCUGCUGUGGUCCCAGCAGGCAGCCCAGGGAUAUGCUGGCAUGGGCUGUGAAAAUUUCACUACCUGCUGGAGUAAUGGGAGAUUAUUUAAUGCCAUCAUUCACAAAUACAGUCCCUUUUUAUCAUCCUGGCAUUUAAGUAUAGGCAGGACAGGUGCAGAACUGAUCACCAAGGUGCAAAAUUGCAGUACUGGCAAAAGCCAUCAGCUCCCACAUGACCUGGGACCCCCAUAUUCUUCCCUGUAUGGCUUCACCUUGGCCCUGGAGCCUACAGUUUCUUUGGUGUUUGUGCUUGGAGCUCUCUGA